AUAUGGAAUAAAUUUAAUGAGAGUGGUGGUAAAGAGCUUCAUGGGUUCAAAAAAAAAAAAAAAAAAAAAAAAAAAAAAAAAAACGUCAAACAUGACAAUCGUGGAAGACUACCGAUCUUGUUCGAAGAACAUAUUCAGUUCUUGAUCAAAUACAUUGAAUCAAAUGCUGUAUCAACUGUGGAUCUAGCCCAUAAUGAGUUAUGUAAAGCUUUCCCAGGUUUAAGAAUCUCGGUCAAUGCAGUUUAUAAGCAUAUGAGGACAAAAUGUAAUUUAUAUUUAAGGAGAGCUGAGGUUCUUCGUGAGGAACGAGAUCCUGAUACGACAAUUUGAAAGAGAAAGUUGUAUAAUUGAAAAAUGUAAAGAAAGAGAAUAAUUCUGAUUACCAGAAGAAUUGUGCUUUUAUAGAUGAAUCAGGUUUCAAUCUACAUGAUAUGAUUGUAGUCGUCCUUACAACUAAAUUAAUAGAGAUAAACCAUCAUUUAUUACAUAAUAAAGAGGUUAUUCAAAUAAAACUAGUGUAUUGUACUUCACAGCAUAAUAUUCAUUCUACACUCAGUUUUAAUAGUAGUC